GAUCAUCGAUAUAUCGAUUAAAAGUCAGCUGUUUACUUUCGUGAACUCUCAUUCCCAAAAGACAAAUGUAAAUUUAUAGAAAAACAUUAAUAAAUACUCGGAAAUUAACAGAGAUUAACCAAUGGCAGAAGAUCCAAACAAACCCUCCACAUCGACGAAAGCUGAUGAAGCUCCUCUCUUUCCGCCCGCCAAGCCUGGCAAACGGGUAGAUUAUGGAACCAACGACACACUGGAGCUGCUAGAGCGGAUCCCCAGCCAGGUGGUGGAUCUCAAGCUGGACGAUGUGCUCACCGCCGUCAAGGAGGUGGACAACCUCUGCGACUUUCCCCGCUGCAAAACCAAGACGAGCCUGAUGGGCCAGGACUGCCAGCACUGCAAGAAGAGAUUCUGCUUUAAGCACGGACUGCCAGAGGUUCACGGGUGCGGCGAGGAGAUUAAGCGGGACGAGCGGAAGAAGUUCCUGCAUCCCAAACCAUUGAAAACAGUGCGCCAGGAGGAGGAUGUGAAGAAUGCGAAAAAGCGACUGGAUGCCAAGCUGAAGGACAUGCAGUUGGGACGCACCCAAAAGGCCACCGGCGGAGGAUCUAAGAAAAAGGGAAAAUAGGAAAAUGCACUCUAGUUUUUAAAACUUUUAUUAAAACGUAUGGAACCGAAGAACGUAAUGACUCAAAUCUAAAAUGUAAACAAAACGCAGCUGUUUUUUGUUCUCGGAUAUAAAAGCAUGCUUUAGUAUGUUUUGUAUGCUUAGAAAAUCUGAAAUUAUUUCAAUUUCCAUCUUGCCGCGGCUGGCAAUGUAUUAAAGAUUCUUUAGUCGAAAAUCUAAAUUUUUUGACCAGAAAAUUGUGAGCUCCGAAAAUAUUAAAAAAUUAUAAAACAACA